GGGUCUUGAACGUGGCAGUCUUUAUACACAAACAUGGCGGCCAGAUGAGCUCUUAAAAUUGUUACCGUAUUUGUAGGUAAAAAGGAACAUUUAAAUCAACAACUAUUUGUCUUUGCUAAUGCCCGAUUUACAUUAUAGCUGCGAGCAACUCUAUAGUGUAUUGAAAAUGGCUGCUUGGGCUGGAUUUUCAGAGGAAGAACUGCGAAAACUGCAGCACAACGGCGAAGUUGCAAAUCAGGCUGUGUCUGUCACAUUGGGUCGUGGCCGGGAACCUGCUCAGACUAACCGGAGCAGACAGCAGCUGCAGCGGGAGAGGGCUCUUCAGCUGGCGGCCAAACAGAAGGAGAUCAGUCAGUCUCUUCUAUCCGACCAACAGCUUACCAGACCACCAGAGCCACCAGCUUCCAGUCACCCCGCUCCUCCUGCUGAAACACCAGACGAGCAGUCAGUACCGGUCAAGCAUGAGGCAGAACCUGUUAAGCCUGACCCAGCAUCCCCUGUCCAGUCUAUACCACCUGCAGACUUCAAGGAGCUUGACAAACAGGAAGUGGAAUUGUUAGCGGGAGAAGAACCGUCUGCAGCAGUUGCAGUGGGAACAGAGGAUCAUGGAAGAGAAGAAUAAAAAAAGAAAAGCUCUCCUUACAAAGACUAUUGCUGAAAAGUCUAAACAGACACAGGCUGAAGCCAUAAAACUGAAGAAGAUCCAGAGAGAACUUCAGGUGCUUGAUGAUUCUGUGUCCAGUGACAUUGGGGUUCUCAGAAAACUGAUCGAGCAAUCCAGCAUGGAUUAUUCCCUGGCAUGGAAGCGCUUUGAGAAAGCAGAGGCUGAGUAUGUUGCCGCUAAGAUGGACUUGCACAGGAAGACCGAGGUGAAAGAGCAGCUGACAGAGCACCUGUGUGCAAUCAUCCAACAGAACGAGCUGCGCAAGGCCCGCAAACUGGAAGAGCUGAUGCUGCAGCUGGAGCUAAAUGCUGAGGAAGUGCCCAGUCCAGAUCAAACGCAACUACAGGACAAACAGAAAGAGCCUGUUACUGAGAACGGUCCUGCAGCAGAGCUGGAGAGAUGUACAGAGGCGAAUGGCUCAAGUAUGAGCAAAGACAGUUCCAUUACAGAAACCAAGAUCAGCCAAGACAAUCAGGAGAGUGAAGCAGCAGAUGUUUCAGCAGAUGGGCUUCGCUAGCUUCCAAGCAUCAUUAAUUUAAAAGAGGCUUCAUAACGCUUUACAUAACACUUGCUACCAGCUUUACAAAUAUCUCUAUUGUGUGAGAAUGCUGAACAAAAGCAAUGAUCCUAUAUUUCUUUAUUUAAACAUUUUUGGCAUUUUUGGAUUAUACAAAAGCCAUGUUGGUGUCUUCUCAAAUGCCAUGAAGGUAAUUCCAUUACUACUAACGCUAAAAUGCCUUGGCAUUAUGGGACUCAGAUAUUGAUUGUGAUUGUUUUCAUUUAAACUGUUACUUGAUCCUGAAUGUGAGGAGUUAAAACAAUGCUGCAUCCUUUUAUUGUGCUUCAUCUGGAUGUCAUUGUAUAAUUUAAUCUGUCUUGCAUUAAGAAAAUGGACCACAAAUCUCUUGAAAACACUACAUUAAAUACUAAAUACUGUUAAUUUUAUAUCGUUCCAUAACUGUGACACUAUUCAAAAUGAAUUAGUGGCAGGCGGUCUGGUGGUAGUUUGUAGUCAUGAUUUAUUUCACAUGAUGUUGCACAAGUGUAUGGUGGGAUCUUUUAUCUGUAUAUGGUGGUUGUCUCAUAAAAGUAACGUUAUGCGAAUGUUAACAAAUCAAUAACAGCAGUUUUUUUUUUCUUGCAAAGCUGAUGGUUUACUCAGCAGAGAUUGUUUUGUACAGUAUGAGGGAAAAUUCUAUUGGAGUGUGAAAAGUAUAUAGAAUUUAAAAAUCUUGUCAAAUGCUCUUAUAGAGCCCGUCAUCAACUAUGAAAACAUUUUAUAUAAUGGUCAGGAUAUUUAUUUUUAAAAAAGGUUUAGGAUAUGACUUUUUUUUUUUUUUAAGUAAAUUGUAAUGUCUUUCGUUUCAUUUCAUGCGUGCACGAAUGGGUGUCAAGGCAUAUACAUAUUUUAAUGGUUAAAUAAAAUAUUUAAAUAUCAAUC